CAGGGGAGGGUGGGGAGGCGCAUCCGAUGCCUCCCGGAGCCUCCUGGGAGUCUCUGCGCUCCUUAAAGGGCUCCCCCUGGGGGCCCCCCCCCCGUCCUCUCGAGGGCCCAGCAGGACACGGCUGCGGUCAGAGGAGCGAGAGGAGAUUCGCCGUCAUGCCUGAGGCAAAACCAGCGGCCCAAAAGGCCCCCGAAAAGAAAGAUGCGGCCAAACCAGCUCCGAAGGAAGCCCCCCCUAAGGAGGCUCCUGCAGAGGCCCCCAAAGAAGCCCCACCUGAGGACCAGUCUCCCACUGCUGAGGAGCCCACUGGCAUUUUCCUGAAGAAGCCAGACUCUGUGUCAGUGGAGAAUGGGAAGGAUGUGUUGAUUGUCGCCAAGGUGAACGGGAAGGAUCUCCAGGGCAAACCCACCUUCACGUGGAUCAAGGGGAAGUGGCUGGAGCUGGGCAGCAAGAGCGGGGCCCGAUUCUCCUGCAAGGAGUCCCACGACGCUGCCAGCAAUGUAUACACCCUCGAGCUGCACAUUGGGAAGGUGGUACUGGGGGACCGUGGGGAUUACCGCCUCGAGGUCAAAGCCAAGGACCUCUCUGACAGCUGUGGCUUCAACAUCGAUGUGGAGGCGCCCCGUCAGGAUGCCUCUGGGCAGACCCUAGAAAGCUUCAAGCGUUCGGACGAAGGGAAGAUGAAAGACGCGGGUGAGCUGGAUUUCAGCGGCCUGUUGAAGAAGAGGGAGGUGGUUGAGGAGGAGAAGAAGAAGAAGAAGAAGAAAGAUGAUGAUGACCUGGGCAUCCCGCCUGAGGUUUGGGAGCUCCUGAAAGGGGCAAAGAAGAGUGAGUAUGAGAGGAUAGCCUUCCAGUACGGCAUCACCGACCUCCGGGGCAUGCUGAAGCGGCUCAAGAAGGCCAAGGUCGAGGUCAAGAAGAGUGCAGCCUUCACGAAGAAGCUCGAUCCAGCCUACCAAGUGGAUAGGGGCAACAAGAUCAAGUUGGUAGUGGAGAUCAGUGACCCAGACCUUCCCCUCAAGUGGUUCAAGAACGGCCAGGAGAUCAAACCGAGUAGCAAGUACGUGUUUGAGAACGUUGGUAAGAAGCGAAUUCUCACCAUCAACAAAUGCACGCUGGCGGAUGAUGCUGCUUAUGAGGUCGCUGUCAAAGAUGAGAAGUGUUUCACCGAGCUGUUUGUCAGAGAACCUCCGAUCCUGAUUAUCACACCCCUCGAGGACCAGCAGGUGUUUGUGGGCGACCGGGUGGAAAUGGCAGUGGAGGUGUCGGAAGAGGGUGCCCAGGUCAUGUGGAUGAAGGACGGCGUGGAAAUGACGCGGGAGGAUUCCUUCAAGUCCCGGUACCGCUUCAAGAAAGAUGGGAAGCGUCACAUUCUCAUCUACUCGGAGGUGACCCUGGAGGAUAAGGGUCGCUACCGGGUCAUGACCAACGGCGGCCAGUGUGAGGCCGAUCUCAUCGUGGAAGAGAAACAGCUGGAGGUCCUGCAAGACAUUGCCGAUCUGACGGUGAAGGCCUCAGAACAGGCCGAGUUCAAGUGCGAGGUGUCCGAUGAGAAGGUGACGGGCAAGUGGUACAAGAACGGGGUCGAGGUGCGGCCCAGCAAGAGGAUCACCAUCUCCCACAUUGGGAGAAUCCACAAGCUGGUGAUAGAUGACGUCCGCCCCGAGGAUGAGGGCGACUAUACAUUCGUGCCCGAUGGCUAUGCCCUGUCCCUCUCGGCCAAGCUCAACUUCCUGGAAAUCAAGGUGGAGUAUGUCCCGAAGCAAGAGCCCCCAAAGAUCCACCUGGACUGCUCAGGGGAGAUCUCAGAAAAUGCGAUUGUGGUUGUGGCUGGAAACAAGCUGAGGCUGGAUGUGUCCAUCACAGGGGAGCCCCGUCCCGUUGCCACCUGGCUGAAGGAGGAUCAGGUGUUCUCAACCACCGAGGGCAGGGUCCGCAUCGAGCAGCGGGCGGACUCCAGCAGCUUCGUGAUCGAGAGUGCCGAGCGAGGGGACGAGGGCCGCUACACCAUCAAGGUCACCAACCCUGUUGGCGAGGACGUGGCCUCCAUCUUGUUGCGAGUGGUGGAUGUCCCAGACCCCCCAGAGGCUGUGUGUGUCACCUCGGUUGGAGAGGAUUGGGCCAUCCUUGUCUGGGAGCCACCCAAGUACGAUGGGGGGCAGCCGCUCACCGGGUAUCUUCUGGAGCGGAAGAAGAAGGGCUCUCACCGCUGGAUGAAGCUGAACUUCGACGUCUUUACGGAGACGACUUACGAGUCCACCAACAUGAUCGAGGGCAUUCUCUACGAGAUGCGCGUCUUUGCCGUCAAUGCCAUCGGGGUUUCCCAGCCCAGCGUCAACACCAAGCCCUUCAUGCCCAUUGCGCCCACAAGUGAACCCCAGCACCUGAUGGUGGAGGACGUGACAGACACCACCACCACCCUCAAGUGGAGGCCUCCAGAUAAGAUCGGCGCAGGCGGCAUCGAUGGGUACCUGGUGGAGUACUGCGUGGAGGGAUCCGACGAAUGGAUCCCUGCUAACACGGAGCCCGUCGAGCGCUGUGGCUUCACCGUCAAGAAUCUCCCCACGGGCGCGAAAAUCGUCUUCCGUGUUGUCGGGGUCAACAUCGCGGGGCGCAGCCAGCCGGCCACCCUGACCCAGCCGGUCACCAUUCGGGAGAUCGUGGAGCAACCCAAGAUCCGGCUCCCCCGCCAGCUCCGCCAGACUUACCUCCGCAAAGUGGGAGAGCAUCUCAACCUCGUCAUCCCCUUCCAGGGAAAGCCGCGGCCCAAGGUGGUGUGGACAAAGGGCGGAGCGCCCGUGGACACCUCCCGCGUGCACGUGCGCACCAGCGACUUGGACACCGUGUUCUUCGUGCGCGAGGCGGCCCGCUCCGACUCCGGGGAGUAUGAGCUAAGCGUGCAGAUCGAGAACAUGAAGGACACGGCCACCAUCCACAUCCGGGUCGUGGAAAAGGCGGGGCCAGCAGAGCACGUGAUGGUGAAGGAGGUGUGGGGCACCAACGCGCUGGUGGAGUGGCAGCCCCCCAAGGAUGAUGGGAACAGUGAGAUCACGGGCUAUUUAGUCCAGAAGGCCGACAAGAAAACCAUGGAGUGGUUCACCGUCUAUGAACACAGCCGGCACACCAGCUGUACCGUGUCCGACCUCAUUGUGGGCAAUGAGUACUAUUUCCGCGUUUACAGUGAGAACUUCUGUGGGCUCAGCGACUUGCCUGGCGUCUCCAAGAACACGGCCCGCAUCCUCAAGACAGGAAUCACCUUCAAACCCUUUGAGUUCAAGGAGCAUGACUUCCGAAUGCCCCCCAAGUUCCUGACGCCUCUUAUAGACUGUGUGGUCGUGGCUGGUUAUGCCGCUGCUCUCAACUGCGCCGUCAGAGGCCACCCAAAGCCGAAGGUGGUCUGGAUGAAGAACAACAUGGAAAUCCGCGAAGACCCCAAGUACCUGAUGACCAACCACCAGGGGGUCUUGACGCUGAACAUCCGCCGCCCGUCGCCCUUCGACGGCGGGACUUACUCCUGUCGGGCCGUCAACGAGCUGGGGGAGGCGCUGGCUGAGUGCAAGGUGGAAGUCCGAGUGCCACAGUGAAACUUCCGCCCGCCAAGACUUCCUGCUGCUGAGUCCUCCCCCGGACCCCCA